AUGCGGCUCGCACUGCUUUCUCUUUGUGCCAGCUGGGCUUUGGGCUCAGCAGCCUCACCGGUGCAAUCAAGCACCUACCACAAACCAGAAUCAAAGGGCUUCCGUAUGCAGCACGGAUUUGAAACCGUUCUUGUCCAACCCUUCGGAUACGAUGGCUUUAGAGUACGAGCUUGGCCUUAUAAAGCGCCAACGGGACAAGAGGUCGGCUUCGUUUAUGAUCCACCCCUUGACGGACCUGAGGAUGGAGAGGCACAUGGCAUGAAGUUUGAUACGGCUUUCACCGGCAAUCGAUCCGAGGAGUUGCGCAAUGGCAAUAUGCUCGUCCGUACAUCUGGCUGGGGUGGUAAUCCUGGUGGCUAUCGUCUUGCAUUUUAUCGAGUUGAAUCCAAUGGCUCGGAGACUCUGCUCACCAACGAGUAUGCGCCGCUCAAGUCAAUCAAUCCGAGAUAUUAUUCGUGGACUGGUCCCGGGAGCGAGUUUGCUGCUGAAUUCUCGUUCAGCACCACGCCUGAUGAACAGAUCUAUGGCACGGGGACUCAACAGGAUCAUCUUGUUAAUAAGAAAGGACUCACGAUUGAUCUGGUCAAUUUCAACACACAUAUCCCAACCCCUGUUUUCAUGAGUAAUAAGGGUUAUGGGUUUAUUUGGAACAUGGCAUCGACUGGUCGCAUGGAAUUCGGCCCGCUGCGAAAUAAAUUCACUGCAGAUGCUGCUUCGGUGGUUGACUAUGUGGUCGUGGCAUCCGAUCCAGGUGACUACGACAAGCUUCAGCAACGAUUGUCUGCUCUGGUCGGCCGCGCACCCACGCCGCCUGAAUGGUCGUUGGGAUACCUCCAGUCCAAACUUCGAUACGAGAAUCAAAGCGAGGUCAUCCAAUUGGCACAAGAUUUCCACGAUCAUGAUAUUCCUGUAUCCAUGAUCGUCAUCGAUUACCAGUCUUGGGCCCAUCAGGGUGAUUGGGGACUUGAUCCCAACCUGUGGCCUGAUGUGGCGGAGAUGGCUAAGAAAGUUAAGGAUCUGACCGGUGCCGAAAUGAUGGCUUCGCUUUGGCCCAGUGUUGCCGAUGACAGUGUCAAUUAUCUGGAGAUGAUGGCUCAAGGGUUCUUGUCUGCGACUAGGUCUGGACCUGGUACGACGGACUCCUGGAAUGGGUCGUACAUCCGCAACUAUGAUGCGACAAACCCUGGCGCACGUCGGUUCUUGUGGAAUACCUUGAAAAAGAACUAUUUCGACAAAGGCAUCAAGAAUUUCUGGAUUGACCAGGCUGACGGUGGUGCGCUCGGUGAGGCGUAUGAGAAUAAUGGCCAGAGCACCUACAUCCAGUCUCUGCCGUUCGCCGUGCCGGAUGUAUUGUAUGCGGCCGGCACACAGCGCAGUGUGGGAAAGCUCUAUCCAUGGGCCCACCAGCAAGCCAUCGAAGAAGGAUUCCGCAAUGCAACCACAACAGAAGUAGGAUCACCCUGUGACCACAUAUCCCUCAGUCGAUCCGGAUACAUCGGCUCCCAGCGAUUCUGCAGCAUGAUCUGGUCCGGCGACAUCACAUCAGUGUGGGAGACCCUCGGCGCGCAGAUCGCAAGUGGGCUCUCUGCAGCCGCGACCGGCUGGGGCUGGUGGACCCUAGAUGCAGGCGGGUUCCAAGCAGAUCCCACUGUGCCGUGGAGUGCUAAUAUCGACACACCGGAGUAUCGCGAGCUCUACGUUCGGUGGUUCCAGUGGACGACGUUCGUGCCAUUCAUGCGUACACACGGCACCCGGAAGUGUGAUUUCCAGAACGCCUAUACAUGUGCAAACGAGCCUUGGUCGUAUGGAUCGGAGAAUACCCCAAUUUUGGUCUCCUAUAUCCACCUCAGGUAUCAGCUCUCUGCCUAUUUGCACGCGGUCUUUGAUCAACUCCACAAGACUGGUCGGAUGAUCAUGCGUCCCUUGUAUAUGGACUUCGAAAAGUCUGAUCCUCAGAUCGCGGCGUGGACUCGAUUGAACGCCAAUACCACAACCCAGCAGUAUAUGUUCGGUCCGAAGUUGUUGGUGAGCCCUGUGACAACACCGAAUGUGACGGAAUGGUCUGUCUACCUGCCGCAGACAGGUGGGGACUCGAAGCCAUGGACCUACUGGUGGUCGAAUGAGACCUACUCUGGAGGUCAGACGGUGACUGUGCCAGCACCAAGAGAACAUAUCCCAUUGUUCCACCUUGGGACCCGGGCCGAUAUUCUCAGUGGGGAUGUUUUCGCGUAA